AUGUCUAGUGAGGGGGAGACGGUGAAAGUGGAAGGGGGGCAUAUCUCCGUCACUACUAUCAGCAUGUCGGGACCGGAAACUAGCAAUGGGCAGUUCUCGUAUAGCUCGAGUGGAGUUAGAAUCAGCGUGUCCUCGGAACCUCAAGACGAGGAUUCGACGGACGCUGAAAUAUCCAAAAUUGAUUUCACUCAACAUCAGUAUGAGGUCAACAUGCGGAAUAAGAAGAAGCGUUCUUCAAGCGGUCAGUGUGAUCAGGCCAAAGAACAGGAGAGGCCGAUGUCUUGGGAGGGAGAACUAUCAGACUCAGAAAUGGUCAUUGACACCAGCACAAAUAACGUAGAUGAGAAUAGCAGUUCCUUGGACCUCCAAUCGUCAAGGGAUUCAAUCGACACUCUCCGUAAUGUGUCCAUUAAGACUGAACCUCUUAAGACAGAGCUGUUCCAUACUAUGGAGGAUCAACGUGUUCUGGACUUGAAGUACACCCUGCCACUUCAGUCACAUCAGCGAAGUCUCAGUAUGAAUAGGAUAUCAGUCCUAACGGAUAGUAAUUCGUUGUUAGCUCGGCGGCCUUCAUCACCUUCGCACUACGACACGCACCCGGAAGUCCAAAACCUUACAAUCAAGAAAGAACAGAUCUCUGAACUGAAGUCCGAACCGACGUCCAGUGUGGACAAGCUGCUAGGGCUCCACGGAUCCCCCCUGAUGGGACGACUCCCUCGCGUUCAAUCUAGCGCCAGUACUGACUCCGCGGUACACUCGAUGUAUACACACAGUGUAUACAGCAGUCCGUCAGCCAGCCCCCGCCCCUCGCGUCACUACACCCCCUCCCUGUCUCGCAACAACAGCGACGCGUCACACUCCUCGUGCUACUCAUACAGCUCAGAAUUUUCCCCCACUCAUUCUCCAGUACAAAGUCGUCACCCUCACGUAGUGUACCGCGAGCCGGCCGUGUUCCCCGCCUCGCCCGCUCACGAUGAGGACGCGGAGGGAGCUGAGGAUAGGCUGCAUCACCACCAGGGGAUCAGCCGGCAACAACUCAUUAACAGUCCAUGUCCCAUUUGCGGCGACAAAAUCAGUGGCUUCCACUAUGGGAUAUUUUCUUGCGAGUCUUGUAAGGGCUUCUUCAAACGAACUGUUCAGAAUCGUAAGAACUACAUGUGUUUGAGAGGUGGCAAUUGUCCGGUUACUGUCGCUACUAGGAAGAAAUGCCCCGCCUGUAGAUUCGAUAAAUGUCUGGGAUGUGGAAUGAAACUUGAAGCUAUAAGAGAGGACCGUACACGCGGCGGUCGCUCUACUUAUCAGUGUUCGUACACUCUCUCCGGCGCGGCGUCCACCGGCUCCUUACUAUCAGCGCAUGCGCCCGCUACCUUAAGACACGCCUCCAGUCUCACAUGUGUGAACGGUCCGGGCUCUUACAACAGAGGCGAAUCAAGCAACAGUCGACUCACACCUGACAUACCUCCAUUAUUGCAGGAAAUAAUGGACGUUGAACAUCUAUGGCAGUACAAUGAGUCGGAAUUGAGUCGUAUGAGUAAGAAUUCGAGUAGUCCGUCAGCGAAUCCCUUGCUAGCGGCCAGCGGAAUCACAGCACAGAACUCUAGCGCCGACUUCCUGGCUGACUUGUGCAAUAUAGCUGACCACAGAUUAUACAAGAUAGUAAAGUGGUGCAAGAGUCUGCCGCUCUUUAAAAAUAUAUCCAUCGACGACCAGAUAUGUCUGUUAAUAAACAGUUGGUGCGAGUUACUUGUGCUGUCUUGUUGCUACAGAGGAGUUAGUACUCCCGGUGAGGUGCGGGUCGGGGGAGGAAGGGGGAUAACGCUACAACAGAGCGCCAAGUACGGUCUAACUCCGUGUAUUGAACGUAUGUUGAGUUUCACUGAUCACUUGAGGAGGCUGCGUGUUGAUCGCUAUGAGUACGUCGCGCUCAAGGUCAUCGUAUUACUCACUUCAGAUGCUCCAGAGCUUCAUGAAGCGGAGAAGGUCAGGGCGUCCCAGGAGAAGGCGCUGGCAGCCUUACAGGCGUACACCGCCACACACUCACCCGACACACCUGCCAAGUUUGGUGAACUACUGCUGAGAAUACCAGAACUACAGAGAACUUGCCAGUUUUUCAUGCAAGUCGGAAAAGAGAUGCUCAAUCCAGCGAAUAAAAGCAAAGACGGAGAGGGACCGAGCUUCAACCUCCUCAUGGAACUUCUACGAGGAGAUCAUUGA